AUGCCCGAACCCGCCAAGUCUGCGCCCAAGAAGGGCUCCAAGAAAGCGGUCACCAAAACCGCCGGCAAAGGAGGCAAGAAGAAGAGAAGGACCAGGAAGGAGAGCUACGCCAUCUACGUGUACAAGGUGCUGAAGCAGGCCAAGACUCGCUCCUCCCGCGCAGGGCUGCAGUUCCCCGUGGGCCGUGUCCACAGGCUGCUGCGCAAAGGCAACUAUGCGCAGCGUGUUGGUGCCGGAGCCCCCGUCUACCUGGCGGCCGUCCUGGAGUAUCUGACCGCUGAGAUCCUGGAGCUGGCUGGAAACGCUGCCCGCGACAACAAGAAGACCCGCAUCAUCCCCCGUCACCUGCAGCUGGCCGUCCGCAACGACGAGGAGCUCAACAAGCUGCUGGGUGGAGUCACCAUCGCUCAGGGUGGAGUGCUGCCCAACAUCCAGGCGGUGCUGCUGCCCAAGAAGACCGAGAAGGCCGCCAAGGCCAAGUAGAGCUGCUGGCCGCCAACACUGCUGGACCACAGACCCACAAAGGCUCUUUUAAGA